GGACGCAGCCCGGGCACCGGCUGGCUAGAGGAACCCCAGGCCGAGUCAGAGCUUGAGUGAGGCCUGGGAAGGGGGACAAGCUGUCACCCACUGGCCUUGCCAGCCCCGCUUCAAGAUGCUCAGCCUGAAGCUCCCCAGGCUGUUCAGCAUAGACCAGAUACCCCAGGUAUUCCAUGAGCAGGGCAUCCUCUUUGGCUACCGGCACCCACAGAGUUCUGCCACUGCCUGUAUCCUCAGCCUUUUUCAAAUGACCAAUGAGACCCUCAACAUCUGGACUCACUUGCUGCCCUUCUGGUUCUUUGUGUGGAGGUUUGGGACUGCACUGUAUGUGACGGACAUCCAGAGUGACAGCUACUCCUGGCCUAUGCUUGUGUACAUGUGCACCAGCUGCGUGUACCCCCUCGUGUCCAGCUGUGCCCACACCUUCAGCUCUAUGUCCACGAAUGCCCGGCACAUCUGCUACUUCCUGGACUAUGGCGCUGUCAACCUCUUCAGCCUGGGCGUAGCCAUUGCCUACUCUGCAUAUACGUUCCCGGACGCGCUGGUGUGCACCACCUUCCAUGACUACUAUGUGACCCUGGCCGUGCUGAACACCAUCCUCAGCACCGGCCUCUCCUGCUACUCCAGGUUUCUUGAAAUCCAGAAGCCCAGGCUCUGUAAGGUGCUUCGUAUCCUCGCCUUUGCUUAUCCCUACACCUGGGACUCCCUCCCCAUCUUCUACAGGCUAUUCCUGUUCCCAGGGGAGAGUGCACGAAAUGAAGCCACCCUGUACCACCAGAAGCACGUGCUUAUGACCCUCCUGGCCUCGUUCCUGUACUCUGCGCGCCUGCCGGAGCGCCUGGCCCCCGGACGCUUUGACUACGUUGGCCACAGUCAUCAGCUGUUUCAUGUGUGUGUGAUCCUGGCCACGAACAUGCAGAUGGAAGCCAUACUUCUGGACAAGACUCUGAGGAAGGACUGGCUUCUGGCCACCUCCAGGCUCCUCACCUUCCCUCAGAUCGCUGGAGCCGUGCUUCUGUGUGUCAUCUUCAGCCUCAGCAACAUCAUCUAUUUCUCGGCUGCUCUGUAUCGGAUUCCCAAGCCGGAAUUACAUAAAAAAGAAAGAUGAUUCAGACCGUAAGCUGUUCAUGCCAGAUGUUAACAUUAUGCUGCAACACCAUAACCACCAUAAACUGGUGGCAUGGCACUGGCUUAAAAUGGCCCGAAAUAUUUAUAAUGAUUGGUGUCUUGGAAUUUUUGAAUGGUUUCAUGUCAAAAAGGUAUUUAACUGGGGAAAUCUUUCUAGAUGUGCACUGAUCCUAUAUGUGUGAUUUAAAAGGGGAACGUGGGUUCAAUCAAGUCCUUGUUAAGGCAAAUUAUUGAUAUUUCAUUAUGUUUUAAAUUUAUUUAAAUUGAGGUUUUCAGUUCUAUUUAAAUAGUUGGAUUAAGUUUACUACCCUUGUAGUUUUGAAUUCCCCUUUAAAAAUGGAACUUGCUUCAUUUGAUGAAUUCCAUGUCGCAAAGCUUUUCCCAAGAGCUCCUGUAGAGACCUGUCAACUGCUUUGGGAGAUUGACCUGGAAGGGUCACUGGGAUGAUUUGAGAAAGAGGACGCUGGGUCUUUGGGAACCCUGGGGACUAAGACAACAUUCCAGGUUGAGGAGACCCAGUGUGGGGAGGGGUCUUCUUCCCUUCCCCACUUAGUGAAGGGAAUGGACAGAGGGAGAAUCCCCUUUUCCUGCAAGUCCAUUCUGCCUUCAAAGUGCAAGUUCCCAUGUCAUUAUUAAGGAUUUGGAGUUUGUAAGUUUUUUUCUUAAGUCCACAG